AUGAAUAAUGAAGAGGAGAUCGUCAUAAGGUCAAGUUCUUUAGAGCAAGUCAAUUCGGAUUUUGCACUUGCAAUGGCAUUGCAAGAGCAAGAGAGAACAUUAGGCUUGCUUGCCACCAUUGAAAGUGAAGAUGAGGAGAGUGAAACUGAUACUUCUAGUGAUAAUGGUGAUGAUUAUGAUGAUGAAUUCAUGUUGGAAAGUGGUGGUGUAAAUCAAGAACAUGAGCUUGAUUUAACAUGGAGAGAGGAGGUAUAUGAUGAUGACCGCGAAGGUGAUGAAGAACAACUUCCUGAAGUAGGUUUUCUAUGUGGAGAAGAUGAAGAAGAAGACACUGGAGAACAUGAGCUUGAUUUAAUAAGGAGAGAAGAGGUAUAUGAUGGUGACCACGAAGGUGAUGAAGAACAACUGCCCGAAGUAGGUAUUCUAUGUGGAGUAGACGAAGAAGAAGACUCUAGUCUUGAUGACGAUGAGGAAAUAUUGGAGGAAGAUGAUAUUGAUCCCGACGAACUAUCUUACGAAGAGUUAAUAACCUUGGGAGAUUUUAUUGGCCAAGAGAACAGAGGAUUAUCACAAGUUGAAAUUAGUACGUAUUUGCAUCCUUUUUCAUGCAAAUUUAUAGUGAGUAAGAUAGAGAUCGACCGAUGUGUCAUUUGUCAAGUUGAAUAUGAAGAAGGAGAGGGGCUAGUAGCACUUUCUUGUGAUCAUCCAUAUCAUUUAGACUGCAUAAGUGGGUGGUUGCAAAUUAAGAAGACUUGCCCAAUUUGUGGGAAUGAGGUUUCACCUCUCUUGACUAAUGUUGGAAGUUCUUAG